AUAUUCGAUCACUUGUCGUUGGCUCUCGCAGAGAUCCGGGACCUCUGGGAAAUUAGGGUUUUCCUAGUUUCCUUAUUUAAACGGAAAUCGACAGUGCGAAUUUCGGUUCCCACACUACACACUCGUGUCGCAGCUACCCUACUCUGGGUUACCGCACGACCAUCCUAUGGACCAUCUGGAGAGGUUCGAGGAUCUUAUUGCUUCUAUUCAUAUGGAUGGAGUCCUUGAGGACUACCUAUUGUGUAAGCUCUUCAAGUAUACUCUGACUGGAGAAGCGAUGCACUGGCUUAAGCAGCUACCCACAGGAUCUCUAAAAUCCUGGGCCGACAUCAAAAAUGCUUUCUUGCGAAACUUCUUUGAUGAGGGUAGCUGCAUUCGCGCUGAAGAAUUGAGGAGCAAAAUUGCUACAUUUGCACAGGAGACUGGAGAGUCUUCCAAAGAUGCGUGGAUCAGAUUCAAGUUCUUCCAGCGAGACUGUCCACACCACGAAUUCAAUGAAGUGCCACUACUGAGCACUUUCUUCAGAGGUAUCGCCUUGAGGUAUCAGAUGGCUCCUUAUACAGCUAGCGAGGAAAACUUCAACACCAGGAAUCUGGUGGAAGCUAUGAGACUGAUAGAAAAUUUAGUAAACAGCAGCAGCACCAAGAACACUUACUUUGAGAGGAAGAAGUCUGUUGCAUCCCUUGGAAAGGAACAGAUGGACGAAGUUAGAGCAAAGUUAGAUGUGGUUCAUGAGCCUCUUAGGAAGCAGGUCUGCUCAGCUGAAGGAGAAGUAGUUUUAGACAUGGAAGGAGAAGAAGAUGUGAACUACAUUGGAGGUACUGGAUUUCUAAGGUCUGAAAACUAGGGUGGAAAAAUAAACUUCUAUGGCAAUGGUCAGAGGAGUAACCAGAGUUCACAGUUCCAGAAACCUUUCAGCAACAACAGCAGAGGCUAUGGAAACUCAUACUACCAGAAUCCACCAUCAUAGACUCAGGAAAGCAAGACUGAAGCAAUGCUUGACAGAGUUCUGGAAGGACAGCAACAACUCACUGUGGAUUUCAAUGGGAAGAUAGAUUUUGCCUACAACAGUCUGAACACAAGAAUUCAGACCUUAGGAACUCUAGUGGGGAAGCUUGAAAUGCAAGUAGCUCAGACUGGAGAAACUGUAAAGAGGCAAGAAGCCUUGGCUAGAGAGGUAGGAGUUGAGAAAGCAAAACACCACGUGAAUGCCAUCCUAGAUGAUGAUUUCUGCAAGUGGUGAAGCAUGAGAAGCUUGGAGAAGGAGAUUUCGAAGUUGAAAGCUCCAUGAGUUUCGGCGGAUCUCAAUGGUGUCGACCGAUGUCAAUGGACGCACAUCGAUCGACAGACCAUGACGAAGAUCGAUCGAUAGAUUACUCUAGACAUCGAUCGACGUCAUCUGCUGAAUCGAUUGCGGAGUGUAGUGCAGUUCGAAUCAUGACUCAUGAGGAAUUCGCAGAAAAACAUCCUUACCCACCCUCCCCUUUCUACGUCAAAAUGGAUCAACCGCAUGAGCCAGCCGUCGAUCGACAAAGAGAGACCGACAUCGAUCGACCCCCCUCACCUCCCAUUGAUCGACGGGAACCUCUCACCUACCGAGUAUGAUUACCAUCAAUUGAUAGUAACCAAAUCAACGCACUCAAACCACCUCCUAAACCUUUAGCAAACCCACCAGAACCUACAACCAACCCUUCAGACACUACACCAGAGCCUAUGCAAGUUGAUGAGGCAACUGAGGGAAGAGUGUUAAGGAAAAGAAAGGAGAAGAUUCCUAAGAACCUUAAGAGGAAAGCUAAUGAGAAGGAGAUGGAUGGUUUCACUAAGAGAGUCCUCAAAAUCCAAGUGGAGAAACAAUUUGAUGAAGUUCAUUACACACACCGACUGUGGAUGUUCUUCAGGGAGACUAAGGAAACUGAGGAGGAUAUUAGGAGAAUGUUUCACCAUGUCAGGGAAAGGAUGAAACUAAGGAUCAUAUUGAAGAACAAGAGUGAUCCUGGGAAGUUUGUAAUACCAUGUCUGGUAAAGGGUAUUGAAUUUCCCCAUCCACUUUGUGACACAGGAGCAUCAGUCAGUAUUCUACCUAAGGUUAUGGCAGACCAGCUGGGUCUGAAAAUAGAGCUCUCAUCAGAAUCUUUCACCUUCGUGGAUCUUUCAGAAAGGAGCUCAGAAGGCAUCAUAAGAGACCUUGAGGUACAUAUUGGUAAUGCCCGUGUCCCAGUAGAUUUUCAUGUUCUGGACAUCAAGCUUAACUGGAACUCUUCACUUUUGCUUGGAAGAGCUUUCCUAGCUACAGUAGGAGCUGUAUGUGACAUGAACACCAACAGAUUGUGUCUGACACUGAUAGAUCCAGACGUCCACUGUGCCCUAGUUUGAGUUGUGAGACAACAGUUCAACCUCGUGGAGCUUGGAAAUGAUCUUGGCUACAUUGCAGAGUACGAAACCGAGUACUCGGAAUCGAUCGAUACACAAACUAUCACAUUGAUCGAUACCAAUGAGUCACCGAGGACCGAUGAACACUAUUACACGUCACUCGACGGGAAGCAACCAGUACACCACUCCACAUCACCAGAUCAGUAUUAUCCAGACUUUUCCUUUCAACAACCCAACAAGAACGGACGAGAUGACUAUUCCAUAGGCAGUUGGGCAUAUAGUGGAUUCCAUGAAAGUUUUGCAGUGGAGACUGUGAUUCUUUCAUCUAAUGAGGAUCCUACUGAGGAGUCUGAUGAGGAUUACUGGAAGGAAAGAGCUAAAGAGAUUGCUAUGCAGGAUGAAAGAUAUUCAACCCAUUCCUUCAACAACACGCCUCCACCAUCAAUCGACAGCAUCUACUCAGCAUCGGUUGAUUCCCAUCCUCAUCCAGCAAAACGAUCUUCUGCAUCGAUCGACAACACACCUGGUACAUCGAUCGAUAUUAAAGCCGCCGCCUUAGAAAAGGAAAAAGGGAAUAUUCUAAUUCCAAGUAGGUUUACCAAUACCUAUAUAAGGAGUUUUGCACCCUAGAUUACUUCUCACGAAACAGAAAAGAUGAAUGCUCCCACAAACCAAUCAGAAGGAACAUCCAGGAAGAGAAUUCGAUCAAAAAACCCUAAUUCAGCAGACAAACGUCUACCAUUGAUCGAUACACCAGUAUCAUCAUCGAUCAAUUCUCAUUCUAAACCUAAACUUUCUUUAUCUACUAAGAAGAAUAUUUGUAUUGAUUACGACUUUCUAUUGUCUGAUGAAUUUGGUAUUUUCAGGGACCAAGAUGGCCAUGCAAGAGCUAUGGAUGGAAGGAUUCUACAAGUAUCCAGAGAGGACAUAGCAGAUAUUCUUCAGUUGGCCAAUGGAGCAAACAACUUGUUUACGCAGCAACACAGCAUUCCAGAAAACAAUCCAGCUGUUCCAGACAAAUAUCCAAGGGCCACCACAACAGGAAUUGGUUCACACCAAUCGUGCACACCUGUUGGCCAAGCAUCGAUCGACAAGGUUGCUUCUCCAUCGUUCGACAUGGUAACACCAACGUCGAUCGAUAUGGCACCUUCACCAUCGAUCGAUAGACGUUACGAAUGUGGACCCAGAAAAUUCAGAUGGGAACAGAAUGACGAAUAUGUUGUCUACAGAGAUGAGUCUGGACAUGCAAGAAGCGUAGCUGGUGAGAUGAUUCCUGUCACCAAGGACAACAUCAGAAAAAUUCUGGAGAGAACAUCCCUAUUUGCAGAGAGUCACAUAUGUCUUCCAGAACAUGUCACUUCCUUCACACCUACAAGACUGGCACCAGAGAGCUACACCAAGGAUGAGAUCAAUGAGAUGGUGACUGGUAUUUGUGGAGCUCAGGAAAAGCUAGGAGUUGAACUCAAGACAUUGGUAGAUGACACCUAUCAACCUUUGGACAGAGGUUACAAUGACCUUUUCAGAAGUAUGGCAGAGAUGGGGACAGAGAUUGAGAGUAUGCAGCACAACCUUGAGAAGGAAGCUACGACAUCACCAUCGAUCGACGCCAACAAAGCAACAUCGAUCGACGUCAAGCCACAUACAUCCCAGAUUCCGAAAGUUUGGCAGAGAAGAAAUAUGAAUGGGAGAUCGCAUACAUCAACACGAGGAUUAACGACGUAUACAACCCUCUCAACAACAACAUGGACUGGUUCAGCACGAAAAUUGAUCUGCUACAGCAAGAUUUGGAUACCAUUUGCAUGAAUAAUCCACAACCAGCCACAUCGAUCGAUAUCUUCAACAUCACAUCGAUCGACACAAGGUUUGCAGCCAUUGAGGAUAGGUUAAAAUCUUAUGAGGAUAUGCAUGACCGUUUCACCUCACCUAUCAUGCGCUACUUGAACACCUUGUCUACACAUAUGAUGAAUGUCCAGAAGGACAAUGGUAAGCUUAAUGAUCAACAUGAUUUUCAGGAAGAAGGUUCAACAAUGAUCGAUAGGUUCCGCAGAACAUCGCUCGACGGCAAGAAACCUACAGCACAUCUUCCCUACAAAGCUUUACACAACUAUAGAUACCUUGGAGGAACGACUUGAGAAGCGAUGUGAUGACAUCUAUUUUCCAUUCGACGUCAAACUCGGUGGACUAGAUAGCCAAGCAGAAUGGCUACAAAAAGAAGUCAAAACCAUUCAGAAGCAACUCGCAUCUCAACACCAAAUAUCAGCAUUGAUCGAUAGAGAACACUCCAAAUCGAUCGUUAGUGCUACACCAGCAACGAUCGAUAGAUACUUGGUCGCAUCGACCGACACCACGUCUACACCAGACGACGUGCAGCUGAUACCGAACAGCAUGGAGUCAAUGCAGGAGCAAUUGAACGAGCUAUCAGAAUACGCCUACAGCAAGAUAGGAUGGUACCAGUUCAGCAUUGAAGACAUUCUAGAAAGGCUACAGAACAUCUCAAAUGCAGUACAAAAGAUGGAUGAGAGAUGGACCAGAAAUGAUGAGGCCACAAGAAGUUUCAUUGCAGCUUGGUUGAGAAUGUGCAGAGAUGAUGUGGAUGCUUGUUUCCCAACAAGUAGCUGUUUAUCCACCAACUAGCCACAUACCUUCCAAAGUCAAGCUAAAUGACUAUAACAAAGCGCUGAGUGGGAGGAAACCCACUAUUAUUUAUUAGGUUUUCUUAGUUAUUAGUAUUUAUGUUUGUUUUUAUUCUUUCAGAUUUAUUGCAAGACUCAAGUAGGAUGAUUACCAACAUAUCGACCGUGGAGGAGACGUCGACAUCGAUCGACAUACACACACACACAUGACGAUCGAUGCAUACCUAUGCACAUCAAUCGUUUGCACUCCGGUCAGGUUUAUCUUCCUUACUUGUUAAAUUUGUACUUAUGAUUUAUUUCCACCAUAUAUCCAACUGUGUUACACUGGGAGAGAGUAAUUUAAGUCAGGGGGGAGGUUUACUGAUAUAGUUUAUUCUGAUUCUUAUAAAAAAGAUUUUAAUAAAUAAUGCUUACCUAUAUGAAAGAGACUAUGAUCUUAUUAAUUGAAUAUCUAACAACUCUUUAGCACCAUUCUAGAUUUACUGAUUCCAGAUAGUACUAAGAUGCUAAAGUGGAUCAACCUGUCAACUAUACACACUUGCCUUGAUUGUUUGAAGGAACCAAAGCUGACCUCCAACACUAAACCUGACACAAACGCUUGUCUUGGGGCUUGGUAUACAUGGGAUCGGAUUCUUCGGACAAGUCUGGAACGUAAAGCUUUAUGUAGAUUUAUUUAUCACAAUUUUCUCUCUCUAUUUCGACCCUAGAGUAGUUAGUUUAUUUUUUUAAAAAAUCCGAAAAUUAUUUUUUAAAUAGGACUUAGGAUUUAGUGAGGAGGAAUCUGAACAGGACUUGGUGGCUAAAACCAUUAAGGCUUGCUUCAUAAAGAUUCCAAAUAAUAAAUUCGAACGAGACUUGGAGGCGGCAAUCUUCAAGGCUCGCUUCACAAAGAAUUCUUGGAUAUAAGUCAAAAAGAAGUGAACAGGGCUUGGUGGCAACCACCAUUAAGAUUUGAUUCAUGGAAGCCUGUCCAAUCUUGGUCACUGAUCCUGCAAUGGAAGCAGACUUUGACUCAAGAGAGAAAUUAGAGAGAGAGAGAAAUUAGGAACUAACUUUUACCUGUAGUUCCAAAUACUUGCCUGAAAUCCUUGCAUCCUGUGAUCGAUACUCCCAAGGCAAAGCAUGCACUUUUAUAAUUAUGCUAAGAAAUGACGUUAGUAGAGGGGAAUAUCAGACAGGAUUUGCUAAGUUGUUGACUAGUUGAAUUUGGUUGAUAAGCUAGGAUAUUGCAUAAUGUGCUUUUGUGAUUAUGACUUUUUAGAUGUGGUUUGUGAAAUUGUAGAGGUGAUGAUUUCUAUGUUUUAUAUCUAUAAGUCCCUGCUGUUUUCAAACUUCUUUCAGAGAGACUGCAUGUUUGUUUUGCUUAAGGACAACCAAAAGGAUAAGUCUGGGGGAGUUGAUAUACCCUGGAUUUGACCCAUGGUAUAUAUUCUAUCCUAUUAGGUAUGUUUUUAGGUUCAGAAGUAUCUUGAAGUAAAGUGAUGAUUAUGGAACUUUUAGGAGCUUAAAAGAGAUUUCAUCCGAGCUAACCAUAAGAGGUCGAUACAAAGAAGAAACAAUCGAUCGAUGCACAUCCAGUGACGUCGAUUGAUACAGAAGAGAAGCCUCGACGAUUGAAGAUUAUGAUCGAUCAAUGUACAUCCUGUACCAUCGAUCGAUGUCGAGACGCGAAAGCACGACUUGGUUCCAACCGACUUUAAACCCAAGACUUCACCAAAUUGCAAGAUUACCCUGACGAGAUUUUAACCUAAUAGUUAUAUACUUGCGUAAGUGUUAGGAGGCAAGAGAGCUUUUGGCCACCUUUGUAUUCUUAUUUUCAGCAGAGAGUUUUAGGAGAGAAGAUCAUAUAGAGAUUUGUGAUUGGAACUCCAUUGAUUCAUCUAUUCUAUUCUAUGUAGUUUUUAUUUAUAUUUUGUGUCAUGAAUUUCUUAGCUAUGUCUGAGUAGUUUACCUGUUAGAUUCAGGGUUCAAAUAGGUUAGAGGGAUUAGCCCCAACUAUAGAUUGCUAAGUUGUGGUAUUCCUUGAUUGAUUGUUCUUAACGCUUGUUCUAGAUUAGCUAACUAGAAUAUUGAACCUAGGAAUCUGCAUGAGUCAAGCAUCCUUGGCCAUCCAGUCCUGAAACUAAUCUGUCAUGCUAGGACUGCUAGAAAAAGGCUACCGCUGAACUAGACAGCUAGUGAGCAUUAUCGACUUGCGACUAGGGCUUAACUAGAAGCAUCGAUCGAUCGAUAUUAUCUUCUGACAAUCGAUAGUUGUGAAAGGUGUAUCGAUCGAUAUCCUUAUAGGACCAUCGAUCGACACUUUCUUGUGAUCAACAAACGACAGUUGAGAUCCAAGAUCUAGUUAGUUAACCAGUGAGACAUUGCCAUCGCUGAUCACUGUGUUUAAGGGGUUGAGCUCUAAUAGAUCAUGAAUGCAACUGAUAGGCAUCUAUAGGAUUAUAAUCUUCAACACCUGAAUAGAAACCCUGCAUCUAGUACCUUUCCAAUAAGUUACACCCCAAUCAUCUUGUUAGUCGAGCAAUAGACUUACUCAAUUAGGAUUGAUAUUUACAUUUAAACCAUAAAACAACAAACACUUAGAAUUAAUAAUUUACUAGAUUUAAUAGAUUUCCUAGCUUCUUGUGGAUUCGGUCCCUAAGUACUACAAUUGAACAUCUUAUUUGAGAGAGUAAUUUACUCCUUAGGGUAAUUUGAGUGGUAUCAGAUAUGCGCAUGUCUGGCUUCGAGAUCACCAUUUCUGAAGUCAAGGAAGACAUUGCUGGAGUCAAGGAAUAUUUCAAUGCUUUGAAGACAGAGAUCAAUGCUUUCAAGACUGAAGUCACAGGGGGGAUAUCAGCAAGCCAAGCAACUCUCAACAUUAUUCUGCAAACUCUCCAAUCUCAAGCUUCCACUCCUGCCUCAACUGCACAACCAUUCCAGCCUCAAGCUCAGUCACAACCUCAAGGUCAGCCCCAAGCUCCAGUUCAAUCUCAACAUCUGCCACAACCUCAAGCUCAGUCUACGGCUCCACUACAACAUCUCACGACCAAUAACCAUUCUGAUUUAGAUAGGUGGUCCCAAGACCUUGGUAUGUAAGGUUUGGUCAUUUCAUGUAUUAAACUACAAUAUUUUGUGUACUUUGUUUCCAGUUCAUGUAUCUUUUGAAUGUUUAAAACUGCAACAUUUAUGUAAUAUAUUUCUGUUUCAAUGAUAAUCUGGAUUUUAAUUCGCAUAUUGCAUUUUAUAUAUAUUUUAAAUUUGUUUUUUAUAAUUUUUUUUUUUUUUUAUAAUUGUUUAAACUAGCCACAAAAUUAUUCGUCACUAAAACGUAGCACGUGUCACGAAACAAAUCGUAGCAAAACCGUGCCUGUUGCUACAUUACAAUUCGUAUCAAACCGUAGCAAGUUGCUCAAAUCGUAGCAAAGCUUGCCCCAAGAAGUUUCGUAGCAAAGCGUGGCACUUUGCUACGACUUUUGAUACGCGCUCUUUUUGCUACGCUCGUAUACGUAUGUUUUACGUUUUGUAACCUUUCGUGGUUUCUCCUCCGUAUAGCCACGAAAUAUUGGUCAUACCCACAAAAAUUCACGUGGCUGUAGCGAUGUUUUUACUAGUGAUAAGUUAAGUUUUACCCAUGGAGAAGUUGAAAUUUAAUGCCCAUAACAGCCACAUCGCAUGAAAGAAAAAUUAGAUACAAAGGAUUGGAAAUCAAUAUUACCCAAAUCACUCGAUGAUCCUCAAGCUUCAGCUUUUGAACAAGAUUUAUGUUUCCGAUACACAAAUAUUAGAGCUAAACGGCUAAAACUAAGAUUUAUACACCACUCGUUGUAAUUUGUACUUUAAAGAUCAAUAAACACUAUGUUGAUCUCUUUUCCUGCAUAAUUUUACCCCAACAACCACUGCCUUCUUUCAUACACCUCAGCUUCAUAUAUUUACAGGCGGCAACCAUUAUAGAGAGGAGCUAUAACCGGAAGAGAAGUAAACAAAUAUUAUGAGAACUAAUUAUGUCCAAAUCAAUGUUAUAUUCUUAAUUCUGCUUUCAAAAUUGGCUACUACACAACUAACCCUAAAUUUUAUACGUGUUUUGCUAAAAUUUUGUGCUAAUAAAUGACAUAUGGUUUUGAAGCGAUUUUCAAAUCUGGUAUGGUUUCGUUUUAAAACAUUGAGUGGUUUGGCUUGAAAAGUUUCAUUUUGUGUAGUUCUUUAAAGAAACUCAAUCUUUGUGUGGGUGGAGCAAUACAUAAAUUUUGUGUGGUUGGAAGGUUAUGAAAUGAAACUUUUAGUGGAAACGUGAAUAGAUCAUCCAACUUAUUUUGUGUGUUUUAAGAAAGAUUAGAUGAAUUUGACUCAGCUCAUUGGAGAGAGAGAGAGAGAGAGAGAGAGAGAGAGAGAGAGAGAGAGAGAGAGAGAGAGAGAGAGAGAGAGAGAGAGAGAGAGAGAGAGAGAGAGAGAGAGAGAGAGAGAGAGAGAGAGAGAGAGAGAGAGAGAGAGACUACACUAUAUAUAUGUGUGUAAUUUUAAUUAUAUGUUAAAUUUAACUCAAGAAAAAAAUUAUUACAUCAGAUGCAACUUAGAGUGAGCAUUGAAAGCAUAUUAGUGAGUUUUCUCAAAAAAAAAUCUUCAGAAACUAGAAAGUUAUCUUCGGCUAAGUAAUCUCCCUAACCUCUAAUGUCGAGGAGGCCUGUUAAAAUUAUCCGUGACGGAACUGUACUACAUAAGUAUAUAUAUCUAUAUAUAUAGUACUUUAAGAAUAAGGAAUAGAUGUCAAAAAAAAAAGAAAAAAAAAUAAGGAAUGACAGAUUUUGCAUUGUGAUUUUUUCAAGUGAUUUUUUAUAUGUAACAUGUUAUUUUUCAAGUGAUUUUUUAAAGUUACAAAAAACAUGUUAUUUUUCUGUAUGAAAUCUAAUAUAGUAAUAAGUUCUUCAUUUAUGCAUGUCUAAUAUCAGUUUAGCGGUGAACAAAUAAUAAGAUCUACAUUAUUUUGUUUUCAUAAAAUUUUAUAUUAUACAUACUAGUUAUUUUAAUUUCUAAUUAUUAUUAAUAUUAUAAAUAAUGCAGUUAUUUAUAUGUUAAAUUGCACUAUAUAUAUGAGUGUAACUGUAAUUAUAUGUUAAAUUUAACUCAAGAAAAAAAUAUUUACAUCAGAUGCACCUUAGAGUGAGCAUUGAAAGCAUAUUAGUGAGUUUUCUCAAAAAAAAUCUUCAGAAACUAGAAAGUUAUCUUCAGCUAAGUAAUCUGCCUAACAUCUAAUGUAGAGGAGGCCUGUUAAAAUUAUCCGUGAUGGAACUGUACUAUAUAGUACUUUAAGAAUAAGGAAUGGAUGUCAGAAAAAAAAAGAAUAACGAAUGACAGAUUUUUCAUUGUGAUUUUUUAUAUGUAACAUGUUAUUUUUCAAGUGAUUUUUUAAAGUUACAAAAAAAACAUGUUAUUUUUCUAUAUGAAAUCUAAUUUAGUAAUAAGUUCUUCAUUUAUGCAAUGCCUAGAUUAUCAGUUUAGCGGUGUACAAAUAAUAAGAUCUACAUUAUUUUGUUUUCAUAAAAUUUUAUAACAUACAUACCAGUUAUUUUAAAUUCUAAUUAUUAAUAAUAUUAUAAAUAAUGCAAUAAUUUAUUUUAUUAAUAUUAUAAUUAUCUUUUUUUUUGACGUCAUAUUAUAAUUAUCUAAACAGUUUAGAAAGUAAUUAUUAAUGUUUUUUAAAGGAUAGCGUCUACCUAAACGGUCACCUAAAACCCUUAUAGAACAAUGAUAUAAAUAAUGUAUGUUCUACUUUUCUAUUAUGUUUGAAAUUUUAUAUUCACACCUAAUAUUGUAUCCAUUUACGAAAAUAUUAUCAACCGUACAAUAAAUCAUAUUUGGUAAGCGAAAAUAAUAAUAUUACUCAUAUUUUGCAUUAUAAUAUUCGAGAAGAUACGUAGCCGUAUUAUUGAACGAUAUAUUGUUAUUUUUCUUUUUAUUCCAACUUUUGAUGACUAUAAGAAGGGCCAUUUCCACUUGGUUUCUUCCUGCAUCAAACAAGUAACUCUUCAUUGUUCACCAAAUAUAUUGUACCUAGAGAGAGAAACAAGAUACUCUAUCUAGGAUCAUAUACAUACAUACCUAAAUAAAUACAUAAGUGUACGUAUAUCUCUCAAAUAAAGAGAAAAUGAAGGGAGGGGAAAAGCAAUGUGGGAAAGUUGAUAAACUGAAGCCAAUAAUAGCAAUCAUAUCACUCCAAUUCGGAUAUGCAGGCAUGUACAUCAUAACUAUGGUUUCCUUCAAGCAUGGUAUGAACCAUUGGGUCCUUGCUACCUACCGACAUGUCGUCGCUACAAUCGUCAUGGCUCCUUUUGCUCUCAUUCUCGAAAGG